AUGGAUCGCGCCCUCGACCGAAGUCUCGACGAUAUCCUCGGGGAUCGGAAGCAAUUAACACAAGGCUGCAGAACAACAGCAGAGGUUCUCGCGGCGGUGGCCGUCGUCGUGACAGAUCCGACUAUCCUAGAGAUGGCGUCAGAAAGCGAGUGGGUACACGACAAGUUCGAGGACCAUGACAGGCAGCCGACGCUCCGGUCCCAGGCGCCGCUACUCACCCGACCCGUCAAGGGUCUCUUUUCCCGCAUCGGCCCGGUCGUGACGCUCGACAUGAAGUACGACCGCGCCGGCCGGUCCGAAGGCACCGCAUUCGUGACGUACGAGUCCCCCCGCGAUGCGGCUCAGGCCAUCCAAGAAUACGACGGUGCCAACGCCGCCGGCCAGCCGAUUCGUCUCACUCUCAUGCCCAGCGGACCGUCCAUGUCGCGCCGCGGCAACCCGUUUGACUCGGUCGUCACCGGUGCCGGCCGCCCGCUCGCGGAACGCAUCACCGUGCCCGGACAGGGCAGGUCCCGGUCGCUCUCACCGCGCAGGGCCGGCAGAGAGUCAGAUGAAGAAGCUGCCCGCAGGGGUGUAGAUCGGUACAGACCGCGUGGUGGAGGUGGCGGCGGUGGAUCUGGGAGGCUGAGUCGGUCUAGGAGUCCGAUUGGUAGCGGUGGCGGUAGACGGCGCGAUGGCGGCGGGAGGAGGCCUGGCGGCAGGAGAGACGGUGGCAGGGGACGGGGUGACAGAGGCGGCGGUGGCGGUGGCGGUGGCGGUGAGAGGGCCGAGAGGGGCGGGCGGCCCAAGAAGACGCAAGAGGAGCUGGACGCCGAGAUGGAGGAUUACUUUGCCGGUGGAAGUGGGGGCGCUCAGCAGAACGAGGGCACCGCUGGGAGCGCUAACGGUGCUGCCGCGCAGCAGCAGGAUUUGGGCGAGGAUAUUGACAUGAUCGAGUAA